AUGGUUUUGCCAGGAUUAUUUAACAUGUUGUUGGAUGAUGCAUCAGAACAUAUUAUAAAAUNCAUUGAAUGGGCUCCUCUUUCCCCUGAUCUGCAAUACUGGGUAGAAGUCGUCGAAUUGAAUGCCGGACAUUUUGUACCCCCUUGCGGAAAGGCUUCCAAUUCCACUGUAAACAAUCCUACAAAUCAAACUUUUUUUAAUUUUACACAUGCUUAUCCUGAUUACAAUUACUACAUUGUUAUUUCAACUAGUAUUAGAAACAUCCCAAUCAGCAGUGACGUUAAAUACACCAUCACUCCAGCUGCAGCAUCUGAAGCACCCAGAAAUGUUACAGUUGACGAUCUACCAAAUGACGAUGGUUCGCCGAACAUUUCGAUGGUUCUAACGUGGAAAAUGCCUUGUAAAACUAAUGGCAGGAUCCAGAGAUUCGAUAUAGACUUGAUUGGAAUCUACACGCCUGACCAAACUAUUAAGCAUGCCGUGACAGCCAACUACUCGUUAAUUCAAGAUCAGGAAAAUUUUGUUUAUAAUCAAAAAAUGUUGACGGCCUCUACUAAUUACACAUUGAAUAUAAGGGCAGUAGGAGAAAAUGGAGUUGAAGGAGAUAGUUUUGAAAUGUCAUUCGUGACGAGAGAUGCAAUACCAAGCGCUCCAAAGGUGUUCAUCGCAAACCAAGGUUCUUCAUAUUUGUAUAUCCAGUGGGGUCCGUCUGAUGACAUUCUUUAUGGAAUGAUAACUCAUUACGAUCUUGCCGUGACACCUCUGGAACCUAAAUAUGGUAAAUAUCCAAGUGACUGUCCAACUCAUAAUCCUUUUUAUCAGCGAUUAGAUGGAGCUACUACAAGUUAUAACUAUACGCAAGCACUGGGUUAUUGGAACUACAACAUUUCUGUUAGUGCGACUACUUCACAAGGAACUAGUCCGAAUAGAAUCGUGAGUGCUACUACCAAUACGGCAGCUCCCGGAAUACCCAGAAAUCUGAACUUGUCGGAUCCAGAAACCGAUGACGGCUCUAAAAACGUUACAAAAUUCAUCAGAUGGGACAUGCCCUGUGCUCCGAAUGACCAAGUCAGUAAAUAUUCCGUUCAACUAAAUGGAACCUAUACAGAGGACGAAUCUCAGACUGAUUUCAGAGAACAUGUAUUCAAAGUAGAUUCGAAACAAGAACAUUUCAAUGAAACUCUCGAAGGAUUGAAUCCUUCCACUACGUAUGUAUUAAAGAUCAACGCUAUGGGGAGCCAUUCACAAGAAGGGAUGUUCGAAAAUUAUACGUUCACAACGAGAGAUGCAAUUCCUGACGUACCCGUUUUAAGUGAAACGAAUAUCGUCGUCUCCAACAAUAGCGUUACCGUCUUUUGGGAUGCCCCGAAGGAAAAUUCUGGGAAAAUUAGCUACUACACAAUCAAAUUCGUCCCAGUUGCACCUUUAUACUCCAUCCCGGAGGAUUGUCCUAGCAUCAACAAUACUGGGACAGAGCUGAACGUUAGCAGGACGAACUUUCAUGAGUUUUCUGCCUAUCCCUACUAUAAUUAUACUGCGGCGGUUGCAGCUGCUACCAAGAGGGGAUUGGGUGACUUUGCAACAGUAUCUGUAAGANCAUACCAGAUUCAAAAGAUGUGA